ACCUGAUAUCUAUUCUAACCGUGGCCAGACUGUUGCAAUGGAGUCCUUGGCAUUCAUCACUCUCACACUUGUGGUUUGUGCCUCUUUUUUACUCAUUUUGUCACUAUGGAGAAAAGACUAUAAAGGAAGGAAGCUGCCUCCGGGCCCAGCUCCUCUCCCCAUCAUUGGAAAUAUGCUACAGCUAGACAAGAAGAACCUUUGCACAUCUUUCUGCAAGCUAUCUGAAAAGUAUGGUCCUGUGUAUACUGUGUAUUUGGGAUCUCAGCCAGUGGUGGUUCUACAUGGCUAUAAGGCACUGAAAGAAGCACUGUUUGAUCAGGGAGACAUUUUUGGAGGCAGGGGGAAACUAUCAAUAUUUGAUGACAUUUACAAAGGACAUGGAAUUAUUUUCAGUAAUGGAGAAACAUGGAAACAAAUUCGCCGAUUUUCCUUGAUGACUCUGAGAAACUUUGGGAUGGGGAAAAGGAGCAUUGAGGAGCGUGUCCAAGAAGAAGCUCAAUUCCUUUUGGAGGAACUGAGGAAAACAAAUAGUCAACCCUUUGACCCAACCUUCAUCCUUGGAUGUGCCCCUUGCAAUGUUAUCAGCUCCAUCCUUUUCCAUCAGCGUUUCAGCUAUGACAAUGAGAAAUUGCUUUUUGUUAUGAGGAUUUUAAACGAAAACAUGAUUCUAUCGAAUGCACCAAUAGCUCAGCUUUAUAAUAGUGUGCCUUGGCUUCUCCGCUAUUUUCCUGGGCCUCACAAGAAAUUUUUUUCAAAUAUCAAGAGACUUAAAGAGUUUAUUUUGGAUAAUGCAAAGAAAUACCAAGAGAGCCUGGAUCCUAACAAUCUUAAGAAUUACAUUGACUGCUUCCUCUACAAAAUGAAACAGGACCAAAAGAAUCCAGAUUCUGUGUUUGACCUGGAAAAUCUGGCAACAACAGGAAUGGAUUUAAUUGAUGCUGGAACAGAAACAACCAGUUCAACUUUGAGAUAUAGCUUGCUUCUCAUAAUGAAGCAUCCAGAAGUACAAGAAAAAAUUCAUGAAGAAAUUGAUCGAGUGAUUGGCCAACAUAGAAUUCCUUCCAUUAAAGACAAACUGGAGAUGCCUUACACAGAGGCUGUGCUACAUGAGACACAUAGAUACUUUGCUCUUGCUCCUUUCAGUUUGCCCCAUGAAGUUACCCGUGACACCCAACUCCAACAAUACUUCAUACCUAAGGGCACAUCUGUGUUUCCAUUCCUUUUCUCUGUCUUAUAUGACCCAAAAGAAUUCCCCAAUCCAUAUCAGUUUGACCCAGGACACUUCCUGCAUAAAGAUGGCAGUUUUAAGAAGAGUGACUACUUCAUGCCUUUUUCUAUAGGAAAACGGGCUUGUUUAGGAGAGGGCCUAGCUAAGAUGGAAUUGUUUUUGUUCCUGGUCACCAUUCUGCAAAACUUUACCAUCAAGAGUAUCACUGAUCCAAAGGAAAUUGACAUCACUCCAUGUUCUACUGGAUUUUUCAAUGUUCCUCCGAAGUUCCAGCUCUGCCUUUUGCCCCGCUAAGGAUAAGAAAGUUGCCCUUCAAAUCCACCUUAUUGCUUUCUCACCAAGAUCCUAAAUCUCUAUGUCUCUUGAAAUUAGCCACCCUUAUUGAGGGGAAAUAUAACAGUCAUUAUUGUCUUUUAAUAACUUCCAAUUAUUAUACACAUGUACAAUGAAAGACAAGAGAAUAAAGUACUCCUUGUAUACCUUCAUGUCUGGGGGGUAGCAGUAUGGAAUGGAAUGAAAACACCCUGAGUAUCUUCAGACUUUGAAUCAUCCUGCAUGUUUGGUAAUUUUUAGUUCAAUAAAUGCUGAUUCAUUUUUUUCA